AUGCGUAAAUUCCCACACUGCGUGCUGUUAACUCGCGUUGGCGGCUUCUACGAAAUGUACUUCGAAGCGGCGGAGGAGUACGGCCCAUUGCUGGGGCUGAAAGUGGCGCAGAAGAGGACCUCCGCUGGCAGUGUCUCCAUGGCCGGCUUUCCGUUUUCGGCGCUGGAUCGCUUCUUAAAGGUGCUCGUUCAGGAUCACGGGAAGUUUGUUGCCGUCAGUGAGGAGUACCCGAAUCCCGAGAAGGGGGGUCUGCUGUUUGAUCGGAGGAUCACGAGGGUUGUGACGCCCGGGACGCUGAUCGACGAGAAUUUUAUGGAACUCGGCGAGAGCCAUUACUUGCUGGCCCUUACGGCGGGGAGCGGGGUGGAGAGUGACAGGGAGGUUGGGUUGGCAUGGUUGGAUUUGUCCACCGGGGACUUCUUCACGCAGGAGACCACGGUGGGGGAUGUGCGUGCUGAUGUUGCGAGGAUUGGGCCCAAGGAAGUAGUGCUCCUGGGUUCUGAGUAUUCGGGUGCCCGUGAGAGUGGGCUUGAGGAAGCACUUCGCAGGGAACAGUAUUUCAUCACCAUACAUUCUGUCGAUAUGCGGGUUAUGCUGAGGGAGGUUAAGGAUUGGAAGGACAUGAUUGAAACGAGGAUCAGUAAGACUACUAUUAUGGAGAUGAGGGACAUUGAGGUUCAGGCUGGGAACAUACUGCUUGAUUAUACCCAAACGAGAUUGCCGGGAAUGGCUAUGAGGUUACAACCGCCGGUUCGGAAGACGAUGACUGAUGCUAUGAUCAUUGAUAGUGCUACCAUGAGAGGACUAGAGAUUAUACAAACGUCGAGAGAUGGGUUACGCAAGGGAGCCUUGUUGAGUAUCAUAAAGCAAACAAUGACACAAUCCGGUUCUAGAUUGUUGUCUAAUUGGAUAAAAUCUCCGAUUACCUCCAUAACCGCUAUAGAACACAGACUCAACCUUGUAGAAACCUUUAAAAACGAUACCCACCUAAGGCAAGACAUUCAAGGUCUACUAAAACGCACCCAUGACUCCCAACGCCUUCUCCAGAGAAUGUCUCUGGCUCGCGGGGGUGCGAAGGAUCUCGUGGGGCUUGCCCGCACGAUACAAAUCACUCAGAAAAUCCUGGAGAGAUUAAGAUCUGAAAAGUUGACUCACGCCGCAAGCGUAGAAAACCUGACGGGAGACGUGGGCGUCCCACUUAAAUUAGCAAAACGAAUCCUAGACUCCAUCGACGAGGAAGGCCUCCUUCAAAAAUUGCGACUGGAAGAAUCUGAAGAAGAGAUCGCAGCAGCACUAGCCGAAGCGGAUGAGGCGAUCACCGGGGAAGAUUACCUCGACCAUGCAGCAGCCGUUGUUGCUCCCACCACACCUUCCUCCACAUCCAAGAGGGCAAGAGUGGGACCAAAAGUGGGCAGAAGAAUGCUUUCAGAGAAGGACAUGGAAAAGACAGAAGCGUGGAUUAUGCAUAAAAGUGCCUCCAUAACCUUAGAGAAAUUACAUAAUAAGCUGGACGACCUUGACCAGAAGAGGGUGGAUUUGGAGACUGAAUUGACUAAGAAGAUUGGUUGUGCGCAAUCAUUGACGCUAAGAUGGACGCCGAGAGUGGGCCAUAUAUGCCAUGUUAAAGGGAAGGAUGUAGACCUCGAUCAUAAAGGUAUCACUGGCGCUACGAGAGUUAGUGCUAGCAAGAGUACCAUGUCCUUGCAGCUUCCCGAAUGGACCGAGUUGGGGAUCCGCAUCGACGGGAUAAGAACCCAGAUCCGAACGGAGGAGCAGGUCGUCUUGCAGAGUUUGCGCGCGGACAUUAUAAAGUCGUUAUCAACACUUCGUAAGAACGCAUCUGUGUUAGAUAGGAUUGACAUUGCCUGUUCGUUUGCUACGUUAGCUAGAGAGCAGAAUCAUGUCAGGCCGUUGCUGAACCUAGGCGUAUCCCAUAAAAUCGUCGGAGGCAGACACCCCACCGUUGAGACUGGGCUCCAGAGUCAAGGACGUACAUUCACGCCUAACAAUUGCUUCGUAGGUGAUCGGGAAAGGCUCUGGGUUAUCACCGGGCCGAAUAUGGCAGGAAAGAGCACGUUCCUGCGUCAGAAUGCUUUGAUAAGUAUCCUAGCGCAGGUCGGGAGUUUUGUACCGGCCGAAGUUGCCGAGAUCGGGAUUGUGGAUCGUAUCUUCAGCAGAGUUGGUUCUGCGGACAACCUUUUCAAAGACCAGUCCACGUUCAUGGUUGAAAUGCUUGAAACAGCGGAGAUUUUGAGAUCCGCCACACCAAGAUCAUUUGUGAUAAUGGACGAAGUCGGGCGCGGAACAACACCUAAGGACGGACUCGCAGUAGCUUACGCUUGCUUACAUCAUCUCUACCGCCAAAACCAGUGUAGGGUGCUCUUCGCAACCCACUUUCACGACCUCACCGACCUUGCGAAGCCUUUCAAGGGUGUAGGUUGUUAUUGUACCGAUAUUAUGGAGGACGGGGAGAGCUUCGCUUUCGACCAUAGAGUUCGGCCCGGGGUGAAUAGAAAUUCUCACGCGUUGAAAGUCGCUAGACUUGCUGGAAUCCCCGAUGGGGUUAUUGAGAUUGCCGAGGAGACGCUAAAAAAGUUGGAUGCUAGAGGGGAAUAG